GCGAGCCAAUCGAAGCAGCUGUGGGAUAUUCAAAAGUUCGGUAUACUCACCGCAGCUGUUGACGCUUGCUUGGCGCUCUCGAUUUUCCUGCUUUUGUUCUGCGGGCAUUACUACGCUAAAUAAUUGCUGCUCACGAUGGCACACAAGAACAUAUACUACUCGGACAAGUAUUAUGACGAAAAGUUUGAGUACAGACAUGUAGUCCUGCCAAAAGAAAUCGCCAAGCUUGUCCCCAAGUCACAUCUGAUGACCGAAAGUGAAUGGAGAGGAAUUGGUGUACAGCAGAGUCAAGGAUGGGUGCACUACAUGAUCCACGAACCCGAGCCACACAUCCUGCUAUUCAGGAGGCCACUCCAGGACAGUGCCCCAACUCAGGUGGAACAGAUCAAGAGUGACAUGUGAUUAGAUGGUGUCAAGUAUGGUGUCCUAGUGCUAUGCAGCGGUUGCCACCAUUGCCCUCUCUGUAUAUACUGUACAAAUCCAAAGUGGAUGAAAAGAGGUCUGCGGCAGCUUGGUGACCGGAACAGGCAGUGGCGGAGCACCUUUCCACCUUGAAAGUUGUCUUCUGAACACUUGUUUUUUUUCUCCAUCUCGGCACCGUGUGCCAUCUCCACAAGUCUUUCACUGCCUAUGGACACUUGGCUUCCAGUGUGUUUUGUCAGGCCGUUGAAGGAUGUUUCUUUUUCUUUCCUUCCUUCCUUCUCUCAUCUUGACCUUCUCAAGUUCCUACAUGUCACUCUUUCUUUGCUGCACUCUGCAAUGUAGCUUUUUAGCAUUUUAUUUUCUUGCCCCCUCCCCCCACGUGCCUCUCUCCUUUUCUUUUCUGCAGGCUACAGUGCUGUAUGGAUGAGUGAGUGAAUAAAUUUAUUUUAUUGGUUGUCAAA